CUAUCGGAAGGCGCGCUUAGUGGCUUCGCACCCGCAAAUCCGAGCAGACGCCGAUCUCCCGCAAUGCCGCCGAUUUGCAAUGAACAGAACCUGCACACCGAAACACACCACGCAACAAAGCCGGCGAGACAGGAGACGCAAUGUUCGAACUGCCGGAUGCGAAGCGGGUGCGUCGCGACGAGCUCCAGUCGCCCACAUUGUCACCACGCUCUUCUCCGGAUCGAGACCUCGAAGAGCUUUUGCGGUCCAAGAUUCACAGCCAAUUUACGUAUACAACGACCGAAGAAUUUGUCGAAGAUGCUGCGCACAGCGAUGAAGAUGAGGCGGAACUGCGACUCUUUGCUGCACCUUCGAAUGCGCCCGCGCAAACACACAAGAUCCGUUUAUCAUCCCCCACUGCCGACAGUGGAGAGCCGGGCCUCAUCUUGAAGAAGCCCCGAAGCUACUAUCUUGCCGAUGAGCCCACAAGUGAUGAGGAGGUUGCCUUCCAGGCGGCAGCCAUCGAUGGAAAGGGCGUCUUGGAGCUGUCACAGCUGCCUUGGCCGGGUUGCGCCUUGCCGUGGAAAGUGCGCAAAAUCUCGCCAGCAGGGAUGAGAAAACAAGUCUUGGUCGGCCAUCCUCCAAUGCUCACCACGGUAGAGGAAAAGAUACACAAGCGCACAAGAAAGAGUAAGAAGACGCGAAUUGCAAUUAGGAAGAAGCUGCAGGCGACCAAGGAGAAGCAGAGUGAGCAGGCACGGCUUGCCCAGGAGAAGCUGGAGGCGGAGCGCGAAAAGAAGACGCGCAGGAACAGAGAAAAGAAGCUGAAGAAGAAGGCAAAAGAGCAGGCCAAGAAGGCGGUGGAUGGAGGGAAUGAAGAGACCAAGGAGGUUGCGAGAGAUGCUGAAGAAGCAUCUGUGACUAACCCUAUUGCCGCUCCCGCGGAUGACGCAAUGACUUAAACUCAACUAUGUGACAUUCUUAGGUUACAACAAUCACGUGGAUGCUAACCGGGCUAAGCAUGCGCCUUGGAGAGCGUUCUCUAUGAUACAGGGCUCUCAACCAUGAUGUUGCCUUCAUCCGCUUCCCCUUGAAGCGCAGCGUGUGCAAACGAUACCUAAUAGCAAUAUAUUUCCCAGUCUGCCUGAGAGGGAGAAACCUCUGUAAAUACUCGAAAGUACAGAGGCGGAUAUAACUCCGGUACAGAGCCCUGCUCCUUCCCCCUUGAAGGCCGUGCAUGUUGAUCCACAUAAAGACCAUGGGUUUCUCGCUAGAUAUGUAUCCUGCGCUCCUUCAUUCUUGUAUACAACAGGAGGCAAGUCAGCAACGUAAAAUUACAAGAAUACUGAACUGUGCAUUCAAACGCUCCAUUUGUUGUAACUAUUUCUUUCUUAAUUCUAUC